UUUCAUUCCGAGCCUACAAGUGCAUCACAUCAUACCUGGUUGAGCCAAGUAAUUAAGCUGUCCAUCAUCAAAUUGUAUUAGUGACGCUUUCGUGUAACUUGAGAGACGGCGGACAAGACGACAACUGCUUUUGGUGACCAUGGGUUCAACACUCACCAAGACUUUUGCGGCAAGCAUGUCGGUCCAGCGGAAUGUGCCGUGGGCCUACACGCCAAGAAGAACGGCCUCGCCCCUGCUGUUUCUUCUCGGCCUCGUGUUCAUGAUUGUUGCUACAACGCUCCAGGGCGUCGUAUUGUGGAAGAUGUCUGAAAGAGGCCAGGAACCGGAGCGGCUAGGCGAGAUCAACGGGUUGUUUCCCAAAGUUCCUUCAAAGGUCGUGCAGUUCCGCAACGAUACACAUUUCCGCCCUCUCGACCUCUCAGAUCCGAGGUGGAACGAAGUGAUGCCUCGGGGCGGUGGCUUCAUCGAGGUGAGCAGAAGCGAGGCCAAGGGCGCGCGGCUGCCGCCCGAGAUCCAUACGCGAGGUAUGACGGUGUACAACGUCGCCGUGUUUCACCAGAUGCACUGUCUGCACGCUCUUGCCGGAGAGCUCAAGCAUCUCAUCGACAUGGUGCGCGAUGGCGCACCCACAGGAACCGAGGUGCAGCCGUCACGCCUCGAGCACAUUGAGCACUGCCUGGCGUACCUCAAGGAGUCGCUUGCCUGCUGCGGCGACACGGCGCUCGAGGGCCAAUCGGACAUCAGCGAGGAGCCAUCAACCGACGGAUUUGGCUCUAUUCACGUCUGCAAGGAUUUUGGCCGCAUCUUUGACAUGGCCGAGGGCCGUCGUGUGAGCAAUAUGCCAGGGUAUCCGGAUGCCAAUAGCCAUCACUGAUGGGUCACAUAUCGUGUGUACAUUUUGAGAUGGAGACAGCACCAUUGAUUGCGACGGUAAUCUGAAGAAUGAACUUUAUACUCUGUUGCUGUGUUUGUCGUGAAAAGAUGCAGAAAAGUAGACCUAGACAAGUCGAAGAUAUUCAACAGCGUACCAUGAACUUUUAAUUUCGUUCAUGAGAGGCAAGACUUUUCGACGAAUACGUACGGCGUCAGGCCUCAGUAGCAAUCUCGCUCCAGUAAGACAACCCUCUGUUAUUUGCGUGUUAAGCAUUGGCAAAACGGGCUACAACUUUAGAUGUCUCGCGUCACAG